ACAGCAUGACAACCAGCCCUGAGGCUGCCAUGAAGCUUUCACAUGCUCCUGUCGGAGUCCUGGUUGGGAACAUCAGCUGUGGAGUGCCGCCUGAGCAUUACGUUGUUAGCACGCUUUGUUCUUAGUUUGGCUCUAGAAGAAAAAUCUAAGAAGGACCCCCCUCCAAAAAAAUGAGCCAAGACGAGGGGUUGGACAUGAACAGUGUUCAAGCAGGAGCCCCUGAAGAGCCAGCCAUGAAACUAAACCAUCAAGGGCUAGCAAAGGAAAUUGACACCAAUGAAAAUCCAUUACAGGGUCUAUCCAAAAAUGAGGCUCUUCUGGUCCCAGGGUUCUUGGACACAAAGUGGGCCAAAGAGAAGGCCAUUGUUCCCAUGGUCAGCAACACACUCCAUAUGUCCACAGAGGAGUCUGAGAUCUCACAACAGGUUAGUGACACCCCCGAGUUCUCAGAAAAUACCGUCCAUCCUAAACAUGGAAAUAGUUCCAAGUCUUCAGCAAAAACCACACAGCUGAAACAGGGCAACACCUCAAAGUUCUCAGUCAAAGCUGAUAAUCCAAAACAGAAAAACAUUUCUAAGACGUCGGGCCACUCCAUGCAGACAAAGCAUAGCAACAUGCCCAAAUCCUUGGCAAAAACCACCCAUCCCAAACAAGAGACUACCCACAAUCCUGCAGCAAACAGCAUCCAUCCCAAGUCAUCAGAGGAUACUAUCCAAUCCAAGGAAGAUGAUACUCCCAAGUCCUUAGAAGACACCAUCCUGUCCAAUGAGAAUGACAUCCCCAAAUCCUCACAGGACACCAUUCUGUCCAAAGAUGCUAAAAUCCACCAGCCCUUAAAAGACAGCAUCUGGUCCAAGGAGAAUGAUAUCCCCAAGUCCUCACAGGACACCAUCCUGUCCAAAGAUGCUAAAAUCCACAAUCCCUUAAAAGACAGCAUCCAGUCCAAGGAGAGUCAAAUCCCCAAGUUUUCACAGGAUACCAUCCUGUCCAAAGAUAGUAAAAUCCACAAGCCCUUAAAAGACACCAUCCAGUCCAAUGAGAGUGACAUCCCCAAGUCCUCACAGGACACCAUCCUGUCCAAAGAUAUUAAAAUCCACAAACCCUUAAAAGACACCAUCCAGUCCAAUGAGAGUGACAUCCCCAAGUCCUCACAGGACACCCUCUUGUCCAAAGAUGUUAAAAUCCACAGGCCCUUAAAAUACACCAUCCAUUCCAAGGAGAGUGACAUCUCCAAGUCCUCACAGGACACCAUCCUGUCCAAAGAUAUUAAAAUCCACAAACCCUUAAAAGACACCAUCCAGUCCAAUGAGAGUGACAUCCCCAAGUCCUCACAGGACACCCUCUUGUCCAAAGAUGUUAAAAUCCACAGGCCCUUAAAAUACACCAUUCAUUCCAAGGAGAGUGACAUCCCCAAGUCCUCACAGGACACCAUCCUGUCCAAAGAUAUUAAAAUCCACAAACCCUUAAAAUACACCAUCCAUUCCAAGGAGAGUGACAUCCCCAAGUCCUCACAGGACACCAUCCUGUCCGAAGAUGUUAAAAUCCACAAACCCUUAAAAUACACCAUUCAUUCCAAGGAGAGUGACAUCCCCAAGUCCUCACAGGACACCAUCCUGUCCAAAGAUAUUAAAAUCCACAAACCCUUAAAAUACACCAUCCAUUCCAAGGAGAGUGACAUCCCCAAGUCCUCACAGGACACCAUCGCGUCCGAAGAUGUUAAAAUCCACAAGCCCUUAAAAGUUCCCUCCAAGGAGGGAGAAAUCACUAAGUCCCCAGAAGACACCAUCCAGUCCCAGGAAGGUAAUAUUAUCAAGUCCUCAGAAGAUGAAAAGCUACCUAAGGAAAGCAAAAUCUCACACUUGGAAGAAGAAACAGUGUCUCUAGAGGAAGACUUUGUGAGAGUGGUCAUAGACAAGGAGGGAUUUGAGGAGGCGCUUAAAGAGGCUGGGGAGAAACUGGUGGCUGUGGACUUCUCCGCCUCGUGGUGUGGGCCUUGCAGAGCCAUGCGGCCGUAUUUCCAUUCUCUCUCUGUGAAACAUGAGGACGUGGUGUUUCUGGAAGUGGACGCUGAUGACUGUGAACAGCUGGUGCAGGACCGUGAUGUCUUUUGCCUCCCAACUUUCCAGUUUUAUAAAAAAGAAGAGAAAGUGGGUGAAUUUUCUGGCGCCCUUGUGGAAAAACUGGAAGCAAGCAUUGAAGAAUUAAAGUAAUCAUAUAUUCUGAACAUCAUAAAUGAGUUAAUAGCUGAUUUCUCUUUA